AUGGGAGGCCUGACCAAUUCGCCCAUUCUUUUGGUUCUGGUAGGGCCACUGACAGGUCCCAUCAUUCCCGGCAUCAUCAUUCCACCAUCUGGCAGCGGGCGAUUUGCAGUACAUUCACUGCUUGGGAGACCGGGGAACCCCUGGUUUCAAAACUUCCCGCGACGCUGGUUGGGUGGGGGUGGAGAGAGAGGAGGGGAUAGAGGAUCCGGGUCAUUUUUGGAUCUUGUCUGGCCCAGGCUUUUUUGGCCAGUAUGGAUACUCCAAUGGCGAUGGGGAGGAGGGAGGCAAAAAAGGCAACGCCGCGACGGCAAAGCAUGGUCAGGCAUUGAGGAGGUCUCCGUUCGCCAUGUGGUUAGAGGGGGAGGUGGCUUAUUCAGUUGUGACGAUGGUACGCUGGCGUGUGUUCGGGGAUGGAGUCGUGGCCGUUGA